AUAUUAUAUAGCUUUUUAUCAUACAUGUUUUUUUUUUUUAGUGUUGGAUAGAUCUUAAAUCUGCUGUAAAAAAAAAAUUAACCUGAAAAGAAACUUUUUGAAUAAAACAGGUGGAGGGAGCAUCAAAGAUGUUCCAAAUGACUUAAACGGUUUUGAGGAGCAAAUUUUGGGUGUGAUGGGAACCCAUGCAGUGCAUGGUGAUUCAACGGCUGUAGAAUCAGGCGUGGCUCCACUUGCUGAACCUAUGUUCUCCGUCGAGUUAUUAGAAGAUGACUUCUUAGAAGAUAUAACACUCGAUGAGAGUAACUUGGAGCCACCACCAAAAGUAUCUAAAGUUGAGCCAAGUAUCAAAACUUCUGAUCCAUCAAGUUCCUUAAAACCGAAGUCCACCGAAGCACCACCAUCAGCUCGAUUCAAGACUGGAAUUGAAACAGCAAAAGAGAUGCGUGGUGCAUUGGUAAAAGACAUCAAACAAAUACAUACAAAAAUCGACAACAUGGAAAAAAAAAUUGAAAUCAUUGAAAAGCAAAACAAUGAUUUGUUACAAAAAGUUGAUUUAUUAAUUAAUUUGUUCCGAACAGAUGUUUAAAUUAAAGAUUUAAG